AUGUUUGUCCGCAUGACGCGGAGCACCACACACCUCGACGACGAUCUGGACGUCUUUGUACUCGUUGUCGUCUCCAGGAAAUCGAAGACCAACCUCACCAACAAGCUGAGUCACCAGUUUCUUGCAAGGCAUAGGGACUGGCGGCUCUGCGGAAUGGGCCAUGUUUUCCUCUGGCUUCAUUUCAUCUACGACCUCGUUCCUCUGCGAUACGGCCCCGGUAUUGUCGAGCCUCUCGACUUUUCCGAACCGCUCAAGUGGACUAAAACGCACCUCUUCUUUUGCUUGAACCAGAAGAAGGACAAGGGAAAGCAGAAGCAAGACGAGAUGCACUACAAAACGCACUGCACUUGGAUUAAGUGGGCAAUCGACAAGGCGAAAUGGAUUCUGAGCAAGGUGACACAUGCGUUCCGCAGAUCUGGUGCGCAACAACUCCAUGACGACGGUUGCUCCGACAACGAUAUCGCCACUCUGGGCGGAUGGGAGGUGGGCGAGAUGCGGAGGUCUUAUGUGUUUGGCAUUCCGUUCAAGCCGGUUUGGCUUCUGGCUGGAUUCAGCGGGGAUCGUGGAGACUACUACAUCGGCAGAGCCCGCGCUAAGCUUCCGCGCCAUAAGGAUAAAGUGAAAGAUGAGUGGUUGCAGCUGCUGGAUCUCAUGAGGCAGAACAUCUUCCCCUGGGUCGAGGAGGGGUGGAAGAAGGUACGUGCGAGGAAACUGAGGGAGGAACGCGAUGCUGAGCGAGAGGACAAGGCUCGGGUCAUUGCAGAGUUCGAAGCAUACAAGAGGUCGGUUGAGGCCAGGAAAGCCGCUGCAGACAACCCUGCAGAGGUCGACGGAUCGUCGAAGGGCACUGGGACAGUGGCGGCUGCGUGGAAACUGUGGGUGCAGUCAAUCUACGUCAUGGGCGGCAAGUCUGUGAGCGAUGUCUUUGUAGAGUUCGACCGGGAUCCGAACAAGAACAACAGCUUCUUCACCGCAUAUGCCCGGUUCGCGCCUAAAGGUGUGCCCCAGAUGUCCGAGUCUGGAUGUGAGCGGAAGAUGCGUCACGUGCAGCUUGUCAUGGAAGCCGUGGAGACAUUUAGAGAAGACAGUUCCGAGGCGGCGACCGCAGCGGCUGUUAACCAGCUCGACGAUGUGCGCCUCUUAUGCAACUUCACGGAGUUCACCAACGGUCUGGCGGUGCUGCGUGAGACUCCCGCCAACAAGAAACAGAAAACUGGGUCGUCGACCGAAAAGAAGACCGGGAACGACGUGGCGCAACGCAGAGUGAGCUGGCUGAUAGUAAAAAUGGGGCUGCGCGACGAAGCGUGGGGAACAGCGCUCUUUGGGGAUGAUGAGUGGGGGGUGAUCAACAAGGAAGAGCUGGCGAAGGAGAAGGCGGAAGAGGAGAAAAAACGAGCUGCAGAGGCGAAGAAGGCGGAACGGGAAAAGGCAAAGGCGGCUGCUUCGAAACGUUAG